GAUUGGUCCACGGUAGCCAUGUUUGCACAUCCAGCUGUCUUGAUGCUAACCGGUUAGCUGAGCUACAUUUUUCGUUUUACUUGCAAUUAACAAACUGAUUCGACCGUGUCAGUACUUUAACACAAACCUAUUGGCACUUGGCGAUGCCGGUUCACUCCCGGGACAAGAAAGAAAACAAUCAAGACGAAAUGGAGGUGGAUUUUCCGGAUCAAGACGGCAGUAGCACAGACGAGGAAGAUACGGUUAGCUCCUCGGUGUCUGAAGACGGAGACACAUCGGAAAUGGACGAUGAGGACUGCGAGAGGCGGAGGAUGGAGUGCCUGGAUGAGAUGACCACGUUAGAAAAGCAGUUCACAGAUUUGAAGGAGCAGCUGUACAAGGAGCGUCUGAGCCAGGUGGACAUUAAGCUGCAGGAGGUGAUGGCCGGCUGUGCACAGGAGUAUCUGGAGCCUUUAGCCAACCUGCAGGAGAACAUGCAGAUCAGGACCAAAGUGGCAGGAAUCUACAGGGAGUUGUGCUUAGAAUCAGUCAAGAACAAGUACGAGUGUGAGAUCCAGGCCGCCUGUCAGCACUGGGAGAGUGAGAAGAUGCUGCUGUUUGAUACGGUGCAGAGUGAGUUGGAGGAAAAGAUCAGAAGACUGGAGGAAGACCGGCACAGUAUUGACAUAACCUCAGAGUUGUGGAGCGAUGGGCUGCACUCACGAAAGAACAAGAAGAAAGACCCGUUCUGCCCUGUGAAGAAGAAGAAACCUGUCGUAGUCUCUGGGCCGUAUAUUGUUUACAUGCUGCAAGAUCUGGACAUUCUUGAAGACUGGACCGCAAUAAGAAAGGCUAUGGCGUCCCUGGGUCCGCACAGAGUAAAGGUGGAUGUCCCCGCGGUGAAGGUGGACAGGCAUCACCAUGUGGCGCGCUCAGAGGACGGCCGGCUGUUCUAUGACAACCAGUGGUACUGCAGAGGACAGGCCAUCUGCAUCAACCGCAAGGACGACUACCCCACCAGUGCCAUCAUCACCACCAUCAACAAUGAUGAGGUUUGGUUUAAGCGCUUGGAUGGGACCAAGUCGAAGCUGUACGUCUCUCAGCUGCAGAAAGGCAAAUACACCAUCAAGCACUCGUAGGUCUGCUCCUAAACCUUCUCUGUCCUCGUGGUCCCGUUCUACAUGCUUACCUAUAUGUGCAGUGUGAGAAACAUCAGCAAAACUCGACUAACAUGUGGCAAUUACACAAACACUUUGAGUCUAUAGUUAGUAUUUACUGUAAAUAUGUUGAUAAAAACUCACAAAGUGUCAUUUUCUCUUGAGAUUAAGUGCUGCUAAAUAUGAAGGGAGAGAACUGUUGACUUGUGAAGUAUGGAGCGUGCCUUUUUGAGACAAGAACUAUCAAUGCAGUGAAGCCUUACCCCUAACCUGCUGAGCAAUGAGCAGGCCAAAAAACUGAAAGAUUUAAGUUUGCCUCUGUGCUUCAUGCUCUGUGGAGCUUAUAAAUCUCUGUUAGAGAUAUUUUGCAGUGACAUCACGCUGGGGGUGGUGUUCAUCAGUUACCAUGGAGAUAAAAUUCACACACAUAGCAAACACAGUCAAAAAGGAUUUAAGAUUAUCUGAAAACACAAAUUUAAACAGCACAUAAAGCUCAGAAUAAAGUCUAACCUGAAUAACAGAGCCUCAGACAGAGCAGAGCCUACAGUUAGCAUCACAUCCCCAGGGAAUGUUGAUGACAUCAGCUGCAAAGUAUCAAUAGGCCCCCAGUUGCCUGAAACAGCAAAAUUGCACAGGUUGUCUACAUUGAGUUUGUAUGAAAGCAGUGAGUUUUGAUAUGAUGAACUUGUUAUGAUAAUUUGAGUUGUGUUAGAGAUAUCACAUGUGAUUUUUUAAUUUAAUUUUUUUUAUUAUAUAGUUGAAAUUCUAUCCAAUGAAUGCACAAAAUAUAGCGAUAGAUAGAUAACAUACACUUUGAAAUCUAAAGUGAUAAAAAAAAAAAAAAUACUGUUAACUAAAACACUACAAAAACAUGAGCUAAAAUAUUUAUUACAAAAAAUGCUACUCUAAAUUAAAUUUCAGCUACCAUAGUGUUGUCCAGUUGUGUCUUUUUUGGUCACGGCCAAAAUAAUGAGUUAAACAAAAUGUAAUUAUUAAAUAUUAAAUUAUAAACUAUUAAGUUAGUUGGUGCAUGUCAUCUUUUCAUACUUAAAUAGCCUCCUGCAGUGGCAAUUUUGAGGCACAAUUUGCAAAUAUUACUAAACCAUAACUAAAUAUUUGAUCAUGUACCAUUUAAACUGUAUUGCAAUAACACAAUUAUUAAUGGGUCUAUUAUAAAAGACUGUAAUAGAGUGUGGAACCAUUGACAAAAAACAAUGGAGCUCAAGUAAAUUUUCCAUUAAUUUUUCCCUUAGACAUAAAAGCUUGAAAGCUUGCUCAGGGCUAAUCAGCUAUGUGGUAACUAAUCACCACAAGACCUAUAAUUGUAUUUGAAAUCUGCUUCUAAAACUUUAAAACGAUUUAUAAAGAUGCGAUUUGGAUUUAACACUACUGCGUUAGUUACCAUGUAGCUGGUUAGUCUUCGUGAUGCUUUUGAAAUUUUCCGAAUAAUCUAUCAUAAAAAUUAAUGGAAGUGGGCAGGACUCCAUAGAGAUGAGGAUAAGGUCAUUACAUUUCCUAGAAUUUUCAGUAUAGCCUUAUGUUUUAUGCUAAAUACUAAACUUGGUGCCCAUUUAAAAGUAUUGUAACUCUAUAGCGAUAGAUGUAUUUACCAGCAGCUCACUGAGUUGUUCCACUGCUCUUGUUUACUUUUUGUAAACAAGAGCAGUACCGUACCAUAAGGUGGCCGUAAAUGGCGGAAACGGUAAAGAAACUGUUGAGAAUCAAGAUGGCGGCAUUGUUUUUCGUCACUGUGAAUCUCCCUCUGUCUUCAUGUUGCCAUUUGUCCCAUAGUGCCUCCUAAUCAUAAGUGAAAGGCAGGUUUAUGCUGUUCCUAUGAUGCCGGCUGUAAAAGGCAGUCGCAAACUUGAUCUUUAUUUGUCAUUGUAUAUCCAGUGUGUUACUUUUUCACUUUCUACAAUAUUCUCAUUUUUCAGUGUUAAUCUCAAUAUUUUUACUGUCAGAAAACCUAAAAAAGGAGCCACGUUGCAACUCCGUCCUUUGAAUAUUGCUUGAUUUUGAUUGUUUUGCGUUGAAUUUGCGAUGAUCUUUGUGUUUCUGAUGUAAAGAAAAAAAGGUGCUCAAAAUAAUGUGAAGCCCAAAUGCUGUACUGUACUGUACUGUUGAAAAAAUAAUAAUACCAUUGCAUUUAAUUUUCAUUUUGUACAUUUUUUAUGCAUCAUUUUCUCUUCCACAAAUGCUGGAAGCUGCAAAGACAAAAUGUGAAAUUGUGCCAUAUGCAUGUCAUUAAAGACUCUUUUGGUUGAAUCUGUA